AUUUACACAGCAGCAGCAGAAGCUCCCAAGAACAUCAAUGGCGGCGAGGAGCUUUACCAACAAAAUCCCUUUUCUGAUAAUCACGUGUUUCUGCACCACCAACACAAUUUUUUCCUUAGCGACAGACACCAUCUCAGCAACCCAAACCCUGUCCGGAAAUCAAACAAUUGUCUCCUCAGGAGGGAACUUCGAGCUGGGAUUCUUCACUCCAGGAAAAUCCUCCAAAUACUACAUAGGCAUAUGGUACAAAAAGGUUUCAGAAAAAACCGUGAUUUGGGUAGCAAACAGGGAAACCCCAGUUUUCGACACCCGCCAUGCCCAACUCAAGAUUUCUGGACACAACCUUGUAGUACUGAACGAAUCCCAAAUCGAGAUAUGGUCCACUGCCCUGAAUUCCACAACCUUAAAAACCAGUUCUGCAUCUGCAGUUCUUCUUGACGAUGGAAGAUUGAUCCUGCAAGAAUCGAAUUCCACCAUAUGGGACAGCUUCGAUUACCCAUCCAACACAUGGAUGCCGGGGCAGAAGCUUUACUACGACAAAAGAACACACAAAAAGGUUGUCGUAACAUCGUGGAGAAACUCCGAGGAUCCUUCCCCAGGGCUCUUCUCCCUCGAAUUUCUUCCAAACGACAGUAAAUACAUCAUUAAAUGGAACAACAGCGAGCAGUAUUGGAGCAGUGGAACAUGGAAUGGCCAUAUAUUCAGCUUAGUCCCUGAAAUGAGAUUGAGUUAUAAUUACAACUUCAGCUACGUCGACAACGAGAACGAAAGCUACUUCGUCUACACUCUCUACAACUCCUCCAUCAUUUCUCGGACAAUGAUGGAUACCUCCGGACAGAUCAAACAGCACACGUGGACAAAUUCGGCGUGGAUGAUGUUCUGGUCGCAGCCGCGGCAGCAGUGCGAGGUCUACGCUUUCUGCGGCGCAUUCGGCACGUGCAAUCAAAACUCGAUGCCGUUCUGCAACUGCUUGCCGGGAUUCAGACCAAAGUCCGAUAAUGAUUGGAAUCUAAACGACUAUUCCGAUGGAUGUGUAAGAGACAUUGAUUUGCAAUGUCGGAACAAUAGUGUGUUUGCUUCAAACGGAUCGACGGAUAAGUUUCUGUUGGCUUCCAACAUGAACCUUCCUUUACAUCCUCAAAAAUUGGCAGUCGGAAGCAAAGGCCAAUGCGAAUCCGCCUGUCUCGACAGCUGCUCUUGCAGCGCUUACGCGUACGAUGCAAAUGGCUGUUUGAUUUGGAACGAUGAGUUGUUAAAUCUGCAGCAAUUAGGACAAGGAGAUGGCAGUGGGAGAGACAUUCGUAUCAGAUACUCUGCAGCUUCCUCUGUUUUUCACAGCAGCCAUAAGAAAGGCGAUGGCGCGGUCAUAGUUGGCGCUGUCUCAGGUGCUGUUGUCGCAGUGCUGAUCGUCUUAGCAAUCGUUUGGACAGUAAUAUGUAAUAAUCGUCGGAUAAAGACUAGACUUUCGAGAGUAGCGGAGGGCUCUUUGAUCGGAUUUUCAUACAAAGACUUGCAGCUUGCUACGAAGAACUUCUCGAUUAAAUUAGGCGGGGGAGCUUUCGGAUCGGUCUUCAAAGGAACUCUCGCCGAUUCGACUAAAGUCGCUGUCAAGAAACUCGAAAGCAUAAGCCAAGGAGAGAAGCAGUUUCGAACAGAAGUCAGCACGAUCGGCACGAUCCAGCAUAUGAACCUCGUUAGGCUCCGAGGAUUUUGCUCGGAGCGAAAUAAGAAGCUCUUGGUUUACGAUUACAUGGAAAACGGUUCCUUGGAUUCGCAUCUCUUCGGCGGCGAUGAAUCGAAAGUUUUGAAUUGGGAAAUACGGUAUCGUAUUGCAUUAGGCGUCGCUCGGGGGUUGGCCUAUCUGCAUGACAAGUGUCGAGAAUGCAUAAUUCAUUGCGAUGUGAAGCCCGAGAACAUUCUCCUCGACGCUGAUUUCUGUCCGAAGGUCGGAGACUUCGGGCUGGCGAAGCUAAUGGGUCGUGAUUUCAGCCGCGUGCUGACAACAAUGAGAGGGACGAGAGGGUACCUUGCGCCGGAAUGGAUUUCGGGGGUUCCUAUUACGGCGAAAGCUGAUGUUUAUAGCUAUGGCAUGAUGCUUUUUGAGUUAGUUUCGGGCAGCCGGAACUCUGAGUAUGUUGAAGAUGGGAGAGAUACAUUUUUUCCUUGUUUGGCCGCAAGAGUGAUAAUUGGGGAGGACGACGUUCUUGAUCUCUUAGACCCGAUUUUGGAGAGGGAUGCGGAUGGCGAAGAAGUUUUGAAGGUUUUGAAAGUUGCUUGUUGGUGCAUACAAGAUGACGAGAAUUUGAGGCCGUCGAUGGGGCAGAUCGUUCAGAUUUUCGAAGGUGUUGCGGAAGUGAGGUUGCCGCCGAUUCCUCGGUCGUUGCAGCUUAUGUUGGCUGCUAAGGAAGAACAUGUUGUGUUCUUCACUGAUCGAUCGGCUGCUGGAGAUUAUGAUGGAAAAACCAGUGAUAAGUGUAGUGUGUUGUUGGAGUCUUAAGACAAGAACAGCAAGUUAGGUUUGUAGGAAUAAAUUCAGGCUUUGUUGUCUUGUGUUAGUUUUAGUUACUGUUUAAUUGGGAGAAUAGUUAUUGUUGCAGUGUUGUUAACAGAUGAUGAACUCAGAGAUUGCAUGAAUUAGACAAACAAUACACAUUUUUACAUGAAUUAAGCGUGUAGA